AUGGCUAAUUCUCACAUUAUUGCCCAAAUUGAAGAUGAUCUGGUCAAUGGUAAGGCUUGGUAUGAAAAAGGUGAAGUAACUAUCAAGGAUAGACCUAAAGGUACUUUAGUUAAGCCUUUAGUGAAAGAAGAAAAGAUAAGAAAACGAGGUAAAGAUAAAGUGGGUAGAGAUAAAGUAGGAAAAGAAGAAGAAAUAGAAGAAGAAGAUUACAUUCAUGAAGAUUUAGAAUUUGUUCGGAAUAAGACAACCUUAAAGAUAACAGAGAAAGUUUCAAGUUUAUUAGAAAGAAUAGUUAAAGAUAAGAUUAAAAAGAAAGAGUAUGAUAAUCCACGUAAAGUGCAGAAGAAGAGUAAAGAAGAACUAGCUAAACUUAUAUCUUCAGAAAUAACUAAGACUGAAGAACCAGAAAGAGGGCCACUUCAUGAUGUUUAUGCUGGGCGUAGAACUGAAAAUGACCAGUUUAUGGCUAAAGCCCAAUUAGUAGCACUGUUUAAUGAGAUAGAUAAGGAAUUAUCAGCUAUUACUGAUCAUACUUACACGGCCUCUCGACCUAUUAUUCUACCAGAUGAUAUUCCAACAAAUCAAAAUGAUACGGAUUUAUAA